AUGGCAGAUUGCAACCCUAUGCCAACUCCUCUUGAGAUCUCCAAACACGGGUAUUCUCAGCAUCAGUAUUCAUCUCAAGAAAUAAGGAAUUUCCCAUAUACUGAAGUAGUUGGCUGUCUGGUGUACCUCUCAACUAAAACCAGACCUGAUAUAAGUUUCGCUACCAACUAUGUAAGCCGCUACAGGGGCAAUCCUAAAGGAGAAGACCUGGUGAAUGUCAAAAGAAUACUUCGUUAUCUUCAAGGAACCAAAAAUCUAGGACUAUUGUUCCCAUCCACAUCAUCUCCUGGCGUGGUGUGUUAUACAGACUCUGACUUUGCUGGGUCAGGUCCAGAAUUUAAAAUGAUGAGUACAUCUGGCUACGUCAUCUAUGUAGGAGGUGGACCUGUCGUGUGGCUAUCGAAGAAGCAGGAUGUAGUUGCCACCUCAGUGUGCGAAGCCGAGUACAUUGCUGCGGCAACAUGUUGUAAAAAUCUUCAGUAUCUAAAAUCCUUCCUCUAUGAAUUGAUUUGUGAGCAAGUUCCAGCUAGUGUCAAGAUUGAUAACGCUUGUGCCUUAAGACUGAUUAAGACUGGUCAAAUGCGUACUGGUACUAAACACAUACUUGUGAAAUUCUACUUCAUUAGUGAAGCUCUACGAAGUGGAAUGUUUAGAAUCUCACACUGUCCGUCCAAGGACAACAUUGCUGAUAUAUUUACUAAACCCUUACUUGUUAAUAAAUUUAAGUAUUUCUGCUCAAAACUUGUUACAUCAAAUUUGUGA